AUAAAAACCACGUCUAUGAGGACGCAGUUACUUUUUAAAAGUCUGACGCUGGCGAUUUCCGUCCGAUCGACGACAGUUGCCACACUUUACGGUAGCGGCGACGCUCGCAGGUAGUUGUCCACAGCAAAUAUAUUUGUGGCAUGCGUAUUGGGCUUCCCCGCCUCGAGUCACUGCUAGCUGGAUCUUGCCGAGGUUGGCUUCUGACGCUCCUGCUGAGUGCGUUUAUGUUCCAGCUGCUGAGGAGCGCAGGAUCCAGGGUGUUCUCCAUGGCUUCCGAGACGUACACGUCGGGCGCGCACUCGGCCGCCUUCGUCACCUGCCCCAACGACACGGUGGCCAAAGACUUGGCCAGAGGCAUCGUGCAGCGGAAGCUGGCUGCCUGUGUCAACAUUGUACCCGCCAUCACAUCGGUGUACGAAUGGCAGGGGGCCAUCCAGGAGGACAACGAGGUUCUGCUGAUGAUCAAGACCAGAAGCUCCAAGGUCUCCGCCCUCACCGAUUACGUGCGUGCCAACCACCCCUACGAGGUGGCCGAAGUCAUCAGCCUGCCCAUCCACCAAGGCAACCCGCCCUACCUCAAGUGGAUCGCCGACGUCGUGCCGGAAUGAGGAUUGCUUUCAUCACGGACGGGU